AUGGCGACCAAUGUGGCAUCUGAGAUCAAGGAUAUCAAGAGACCCUCACCAGCGCACCAGCGAAGGUCUACCGUGGUUUUGUCAAGUACCUUAGUCGCGGCGGAACAGGAUUUGAAAGGAACUAUUGGCGAUAGAAUGUCCAGAUUGGCGUGGAAGGCUUGGAAUCUAGUCUGGCAUUCUUUUUUUCUUCUCUUCCUCGGCGUUGUUUCGACAGACAGGCUGAGGGAGGUUGUUGAGGAGUACGAGAAAUGGAGGAGAUUCAAGAAGUCGCUUUUCGAGCGCUAUGCUAACAUCAACAUCAUCGCGUCUUUGCUAAUGACGACCACGGCCGUGUUUCUGACAACACAGCCAACAAAUUCGAUCGCCGACUGGUCGGCACCACUUCCGUACAAGGCCCUUGGAGCAACGUUCGGACUCGCAUUCCUAUCCGUCGCAUCUGGCACAUUCAUCCUCUUCGUCGGAACCGAUCUGCAAGCUUCUGUUGUCGAGGAUAUGCUAGCUCAACCCUACAAGUUUGCGCCGGCGCUGCUGCUGCUGGCACUCCCGAAUCUGUUCGUCGCUGCGGCCGCAAUAGCAGGCGUCACCGCAACGUGCAUUGCAGUGUGGAACGGCGACAGCCCGCCCGCGCAGAUUGUACUGUCGUUUGUCGUCGUGGUGCUCUUCGUCAUGGUCUCCGCGUUCGCAGCCAUCGCCUUAUGGGCUGCAUCAAGGGCCGAAAGGGACGAUGAACCAACGAAAGACUCCGUGAAUGAUUCCUCUGCUUGCGCGUUCUGUACCAUAGACAUCGCAGAACAUCCCAGCAUCGUGACACAUAAGACCACCUUCGAGAAUUCGAAGCAAAUCCGCGAAGAUGUUACUACAACUUCACCCUCGCCCCUCUCCAUCUCAUGGCACCCAGUCAAGAUCAUUAUUCUGCCCACGACUCCCACAAUCGAUUGUCUCCAAUGCAGUCUAGGCGAUCCGGUCGGAGUGCUCAAGCAAGAGACCUCAUUCUCUGGGGUGACACUGGUAAUCUCCCUAGGCAUGAGUAUCACAGAAUAUGAUGCGAACGUGAUGGCGCAGAGCGUGCAUGAGCUAUUAAACACCGUUAUUCAGAUGCGCACACUCCAAGAGCCUGAGUUGUUUGACAUGAUUGCUGCUUGGGCAGCCCUGCGUCGAGAUGCCACUGUUAACACUACGUCUGGUCAUGCUGCAGACGCGAAGCCAGAACGACAUUUUGGCCAAUUAUUCGGCGAGAAUGCGCGACCGCUGCUGCAGAUGCGACAGUCCUCAGGUUGA